UUUGAUGCGGGUCCGGUGAUACAAAACUUUUUUUUUUUUGUAAAUUAGACUAAUAUUAUUAACACACGGCUCAAGACAAAACAGCAGCUGAAAAGCCAGAAGACAGAACAAUCAAAGCCUAGAAGACAGAACAAUCAAAGCCUAGAAACUACCAAUUCCAAAAGAGCAGAAAAAGAAACUCUUGAGCCAACAACCAGCUUUGCUUCAAUAAACCCAAUAUCAGCCAAUACUUUCCUCACCGUAAACCUGAAACGAGUAUAAUGAGAGAACAAAUACUUUGAACGAACCUCCACCAUUUUCAAAGCAAAAAUGAAAUGACCUUAGAUCCGCUGGUUCCAAACCAAACGGUCAUUCAAUGCCGCCAUCCUCACAGAUUCAGGCACUCCAUUAACUCAACUCUCGUAAAUCUUUCUUCUCCAGCCUUCCAGCACUAGUUUGUGAGACGCUUCAUUAACCAAUCGAGGCACAGCAAGUCGUCGAAAGCACAUCAUACUCGCAAAGAUUAAAGCCCUUUCACAAGCCCUUGCUUUUGCCACAAACGCGUCAGCAACAUCUUCAAAAAGAUAAGUUUCUGUCCCUACGAUUUCACCUAUAAAAUCUCUGGCUAGAACUGCUGUUACAGCGAGCCUCUCUUCUUUUAGAAAAGACGCAUCAAAAUUUAACUUGAUAACUCCAUGGUUUGUGGGUCUCCAGAUCUCCUUAACCAUAGAUCUAGGAGAAAGACAGAGAUUCAUGUGAUUUAGACAAAUAUCUUGCUCAUAUCCCCGAAUAAACCCCAACACCACCUACAGCGAAAAUUUAACCCCUUCAUGAACCAGUUUAUUUCUAUGAAACCAAAGACUCCACAUGGAAAUCGCAAUGAUUCGUUUUUGUUGGUCAUCUGCUGCAGAAGAUGUUCUAACAAAGCGAAGCUUGUGACACAUCGACUCUUCAAUGGAUGGAAUCUUUACUUGCAGCGAAGCCCACACCCACUACAGAAUACCACAAGACCAUAACAGGUGAUCAGAAUCCUCCAGCUCUGCCUUACACAGUGGACAAGAUACUUCCACACACAAAGUCCUACGCGCCAAAUUACCAAAGUGAGGCACCAAAUUAUUCACCAGUCUCCAAAUAUGUAUUUUAAUUUUUCCUGGAAUGUUCAACGACCAUAAGGCUUUGUAAAAAUCUUUGUAAUCCUCAUCAAUAGAGGACAUGUAUAUAGUGUCCUGUAAGUGUUUUGUAUUUAGGACUCGAUACCCACUCUUAACUGUGUAGUCCCCAAAACCUUCAUGUUUUCAAACCAACCUAUCCUCCGGACCACUUCCAGAUAUGGGAAUAGAGAGAAUUCGAUCAGCUGUACUCUCAUCAACUAAGUUAUGAACCAGCUCCCUAUUCCAGGUAAUCAGGGAUCGUUCCAGAUGUUAAUGCGAUCACCCUUCCCAACCCGCCACAAAACCCCUUCUCCAAUUACCUCACGAGCGCUGCAAAUACUUCUCCAGGUAAAUGAGGGACAGCUUAUUCAAUCGUGUGUUCAGCCGCCCCAUGGAGGACGUCCGGUCAACUUACGUCUUCGACCGUGAACUCGGCUAUGGUCAGUUUGGCAUUACCUACUUGGUAACUCAUAAGGAAACCAAACAACAGUUCGCUUGUAAAUCCAUCUCCAGUCGUAAGCUUAUCAACCAUAAUGAUAUCGAAGAUGUCUGCUGUGAAGUUCAGAUAAUGUAUCAUCUCACUGGCCACAGGGAUAUUGUUGAGCUAAAAGCUGUUUAUGAGGAUCGACACUCAGUGAAUUUGAUUAUAGAACUAUGUGUCAGAGGGGAGUUGUUUGCUCGGAUUAUAACCAAAGGUAAUUAUUCAGAAAAGGAAGCGGCUAAUUUGUGUAGGCAAAUCGUGAAGGUGGUCAUAAUUGUCAUUCAAUGGGGGGUUAAUGCACAGGGACUUGAAGCCUAAAAAUUUCUUGUUCUUGAACCCUAAAAGAACAUAAAACGAAAAAAUUAAAUUGUUAAAAACGAAAAAAUAUGGGGACUAAGUUUAUAAUUUAACUUAAAAUUUUUCUUUGAAAUAAUAAUGUAACGUGCCACAUCAACUUACCGUUACACCAUUAACGACAAUUAAUGGCUCAGUGGCUAAAAUAUUACAGCACGUUGAUGUAAGUGACUAAAACAUAAGAUUUCAAAUAUAAAUGACUAAAAUGUAAUUUAAAAUAAACAAAAAUAACUAUUUUAAUAGUUUACUCUUAAUUUUAUUCAAUUAAUUAUUUUUUUAAUAAUAGCCUGAUUGGUGUUUUUGAUCGUAUUCUCCGAGUAGGUGAUUAUGGAGUAAUAAAACAAAAGAAGGAUAACUUAAACUUAUAUUUUAUAAAAAGAAAUUAUUGUACCAGUAGCAUUUUGCUGAUUUAUUAACGGACGCUUAUAUAUUUUCUAUAAUAAUUGAUUGAUAGAUGUUGAAUUUCUCUUA